AUGGACGAAAUCGAAGACAUCGUGCGGCGGAUUGGCCGACAGCAGGGCGAAAAUGCGUACUACCGUAGCUGUUACGUUCUUCUCAAACAGCUGCAGGACGCGGUUGGAAAAGCCGCCGAAGAUUUGCUCCGUCUUCACCAGUCCGGUGCUUUUUUAUCUUUCGACGACUUUCAUCCCGUCUCCUAA